AUGUCCACGCUGGCGUCCUCUGUGCUGCAGGGCCAGCGUGAAAAGAGCGCGUGGCUUGAGGAGGCGCUGGAUACGUGCAUUGUCGCCUACGAGUCGCACCGAAACGCGCUCGAGAACGUCUACUCCCAGCUAACAACGUGGCAACAGUCUUCGGAUCAGGGAUGCAUUCACAUUAGCCCAGUAGCGAUGAGUGAGCUGCUGAAGGACAUCAACGACGUGUUGCAACAGUGCGCACUUCAGCUGCAGCCCAUGGACGGCGCAACGUCAUCAGCAGAGUCACCGGUCGAGCAGGCACAACCGGAACACCGCUUCUGGGGCGCACAUCUCCAGUCCGACAACGCUAGCAGCGUCAGCACCUACUCCACGCGUCGGAACAAGCCACUACCCGCCCCACCACAGCAGGAGCAACAUCUACUCCCGCGGUCUGCCUCGGAGCUGUCGAGUGCGAGUCAAUCACGCGGGACAGAGAACGAUCUACAGGCGUCAUCCGCGAUGACGGAGAGCCAGCGGCGCCUGCAGCCGAGCCCAAUGUUGCAAUAUCACCCCUUCUCAACGUCGCGCUCCAGCAUGUCGUCUGUGCUGCCAGCGGUGAACGAGAGCGCGGCGACCGACCCAAGCAAGAGCCCUGCGCAGCUGGACAAUACAGCGCAAAAGCCAAUGCGGCCGCCAGAGCAGAGGCAGCAGCGUCAGCAGGCAGCGGCUGCGGUUCAGUCGACGAGGCCUCGCACGCCGCCUCGCAACUGGCACAGUGCGGCACCGACGCCUCGGCCCACCAUUGAUGAUGGACAUCAGACGGGUAGCGCUGCCACCGGCCCAACAGUUCGCAGCAGCGGUGGCUCGACACCGCUGUCGGCCAGCCAGCGAGCAGAGGCGGAGCAUGUCAAGCUGUCCUCACAGGAGCAGCGCACAGCGACCAGGGAAGACGCAAAGACAAACGGUACGUACCAGCAUCUCUUCGGCACGCGCAGCUGCAACAGUGACAGCACUGGGCGCCACGGGCCUCCCUCCACCCCCUCAGUGACGUCGGCGUCGCCCGCGGACGCGGGCUCGGCUGCAUCGCAGCACCCACCACCGCAUCGGGAGGUGCAGCGUAGCCAGGGCUACGUGAGCGAAGAGGUGGGCACCCCACAUCACCAGAGCUUCUCAUCAGCUGCCGAGCGCCGCAGCAGCAACAUGGCCAGCUGUAGCCACUUCGACUCGUGCCGCUUCGAGUUUUUCGGGACGGACCAAGGCGCCGGCAGUGCACUAGCAGCCGCGAGUGGGCACCAGACGGCGGCAGUGGCCUUCCACUACUCGCACCAGACACCGUCACACCAGCAAAGCAACGACGGAUGUGGCAGUCUCAGCCAGACAUCUAUCGCUCUCAGGGACGGCGUCCCCGGUGCCACGGUGGCGGCUGCUGCGUCACUAUCUUACCCUUCGUCCUCGACACCGCGCCGUCCUCACCAAAUGCUCAGUGGUGAUGAGAAGAAGAGUGAGGUUGACAAACAGCGCAGCAGCAGCGCAGCAGAAGCGCAGCGCGGGGAGGCGUCACAGGCGGGCAGUGUCGGUCUUGUCCACACACCCAGUGCGACACCACAGCGGGACUCUAGCAGCAGGACGACGGUAGCGGCCCCGCCGCCGCCGCCGCCGCAGCAGCAGCAGCAGGUAUCGAUAGAACGGGAGUCUUUAAAUCUGCCACUGCCACCGCAGCAGCCCGGUAAGCGCCGCCCCCUUCGCACCUCGUCUCAGCGUAUUACCCCCAGAAAAAUGAAUGACAGCAGCCAAGUCGAGAGCACAGUGUACCACCGCAGCGCGUCACCGUCGACAGGGCGCCAGCCCUUGCGGGCCGACGCGCCGGAGGCGCUGUGCUUCAUGGAAAGGGAAGACAACUUCCUGGUGAAGCGGCGGCUCGCGGAGCGGAAGGCGAUGCACGGCGACAUUCACCAAGUGCAAGGAAACGCUGAACGUGACGCCAACCCACUCAUCACGGCUGGUCCUGGCCGUCAGCUCGUCGCGAACGGCGGCAUGACUGGCAAGGUGGAGGCGGCGCCGGCACUGACAGCGGUAGAGGAGCAGCUCAUCUCCGAGCACACGGUCUUGCGCACGCAGCUUGAACGGAUGCAGAUGGAGCUGUACAUCGCCGUCAUGCGACACCGCGAGCGAGGAAACGAGCCGCGCUAUACACAGCUGAACACGCGCAUGAAGCGCGUGAUGAAGGACCUAAGCAGGGUCGAGUGGGAGCUACGCGUGGUGCGCAAUAUCGAUUGCGAGUCCCACUCGAAGUCUCCAGCAAAGGGCGCGUAG